AUGCAGCCCAGUGGGAGUGGGGACCGUAGCACCAUGGAUGGAUUCGUGAUUGCUCAGAUGAAAUUCUUGAUAAAACACUUUGAAGAUCUUGGCAUUCGAGCCAAACCCGAGAAUUUCCAACCGAAAGAGCGUCGGCCCACUAUCAACGGGCUUCUUCUAAUGAGGCAGGCUAUGGAAGAAAUUGACGGCUUCGUCUGGGUUGAUGCGCCUGAAAGCCAUUGCUGUAAUGAAAUAAACGACACAACCGACAACAAAGGUUUAAAGUGCAGAAUCUCCACUAUCGAGAAAGCACUGACGCCACUGAAAGCAAAUCUAUGGUCUUUGAACAAGUAUAUCCACGACCACCCUGAGCUGGGUUACGAGGAGCACAAGACACACAAUGCCUUGACUGGCUUCAUGCAGCAGCAAGAAGGCUGGCAAGUCACCAAGUCAGCCUAUGGAAUUGAGACUGCCUGGACUGCUGUUUAUAACUCUCAAAGUCCCGGACCAGUUAUUGCCUUCAAUGCUGAGAUGGAUGCCUUGCCAGGCCUUGGUCAUGCAUGUGGACAUAAUCUCAUAGCCAUAGCUUCCGUUGCUGCCGGUCUGGCAACAGCCGAAGUCAUGCGUAGGUCCCACCUUCCAGGAAAGGUCGUGAUCAUAGGGACUCCUGCAGAGGAAGGUGGUGGUGGCAAGAUAAAGCUUCUUAAAGCAGGAGCCUACACAGGCGUCGAUGCCUCCCUCAUUUCUCACCCCAGCAUCGUCAACAACAGCCCAAUGGUCAGAACUACAGCAUUUUCCAAGUUAGAGGUGGAAUAUCAUGGGCGUGCAGCGCAUGGUGCCAAUAGCCCUUGGCUCGGUAUCAACGCAUUGGACGCAUUCAUAAUCGCAUACAAUGCCAUCUCGGCCCUCCGCCAGCAGACACAGCCUGGAGAUGUCAUAGGGCUGCAGAUUACCAACGGCGGCAACGCACCAAAUGUUAUCCAUGCUUUUGCUGCAGGCAAGGCAGUUCUCAGAGCCACCAGCGCCUCCAGGCUACAAGAGCUGCAGCGCAAGGUCGAGGCUUGUUUCCGCGCGGGCGCCGAGGCCACGGGUGCAAGUCUGGAGAUCAAGGCGACUCCAGGAUACAAGGAUCAUGUGCCGAACCGUGUUAUGGCAGCAUCCUACACCAAAUACUGGGAGGCGUUGCCUGACAUGCCAGGGCCGCGUAUACCCCCGGACGGUCAGCUCACUUUUGUUAAGGCGAGUACUGAUCAAGGAGACAUCAGUUAUUGCAUGCCUAGCCUGAAUGCCAGCUUUGCAAUUCCUCCCGGGCCAAAAGGAGGUCCUCCCCACAGUCCAGAUUUCGAAAAGGCAUCAUCUACAGAGGCAGCUUUUGACAGGGCCAUAAGAGUUGGGAAGGCCAUGGCGGGAACUGCAGUUGACUUACAUAACACCUCACCUACCUCUUCCCAACGAUUCUGGGCUUUGAACCCAGAUGCCGUGGCCCAAAUGCGUCUGAUUGACACAAACACAGUCGAGGUCGUCGAGUUUUACGACGAUGAGAUACCGCAAUACGCAAUUCUCUCGCACACAUGGGGCACUGAGGAAGUCAGCUACCAGGAUAUGCAGUUUCUCACGACAGAUAGGAACCGCAAGGUACGAGACCUUAGCGGAUCACAUUCCAGCUCGUUGAAGUCAUCGGAUGUGACGACUAUCGUUGCAAUGUCGGGCUACAUCAAGAUCAAGACCGCAUCCAACUACGCGCGCUCCCAUGGCCUCCGCUACCUAUGGGUAGACACGUGCUGCAUCGACAAGACGAGCAGUGCCGAGCUUUCAGAGGCAAUCAACUCCAUGUUUGCCUGGUACCGCGAUGCUGCGCUCUGCUUUGCUUACCUGGAAGAUGUCCCGAGCAGGCAGCUCAGAGACAGUCGCUGGUUCACUCGUGGCUGGACACUGCAAGAGCUGAUAGCACCACGUGAGAUGGUCUUUUGCUCUUCUGACUGGAAUGAAGUUGGGAAGAAGUCGUCGUCUGAAUUUUGCGAACUUUUGGCGAACAUCACGGGCGUGGAUGGAAGGGUCCUCAGGGGUAACAUCAAUCUCGACGAAAUUAGCGUUGCCAACCGUAUGAGAUGGGCCGUCAAUCGCAAAACGACACGGCGUGAGGACAUGGCAUAUUGCCUGAUGGGUAUCUUUAGUGUCAAUAUGCCUCUGUUGUAUGGUGAGGGAGGCACGCGUGGCAAGUCUCAUCUCACCAAAUUGAAAACGGCCUUUAUACGUCUCCAAGAGGAGAUUAUGCGAGAGACUGAUGACCACUCCAUCUUCGCUUGGGCGGCCCAGCCCGGUAGCAACAACCCUCUUCACGGUCUUUUGGCAUCCUCGCCAGCCGCAUUCGCCAAUACGCAGACUAUACGAUGCCUUCCUCCGCUUCAGACUUCGGACAGUGUCCCCAUGGGCAUGACUAACCAGGGUCUGCGUCUCAAGGUGUUUCUUUUGUCAGUGCCAGAGUAUCGCGAGGACGUGACGCGGUACCUACCGCAGGAUUUCGUCGUGACUUCUGCAGACCCUCUUCCUCCGGAUGGCUAUUUUGCCUUUUUGGAGUGUUCUGUCAUCGAGAAUGGAGAGUUCCUAUGUCCAGUCAUCCUGCUCCGCAACCUCUGGGGUGACCAGUAUGCACGAAUCAAUAUCGACAGGGUAUACCACUUGCGAGAUCCUAGAACAUACUACUUGGACCUCCCUGACUCCGACUAUUGUCCAAUCUACGUUAAGCAAAAGCCAAGAGAGAUAUUGCCCGAUUUUAUUGUGGCUCUUGAAAAAGGCCUGGGCUCCUGUGAUGAUCGUAUCACAUUUGUCGAACAAGCUCUGCCUCCCGAAUCUUGGGAUCCUGCUUCCUUCGUGCUGACCCCAAGACCGGUUGGUCCGCUAAACACUACCGUCGCCGCGAUACGUUUCUCUGACUCUGCUCGGAAAUCUUGCCUGGACGUCUUUGUCGGGCUCACCAAAGUCGGCCAUGGAUGGGUGCCGUGGUGCAUACAGAGCCAUGAUGUUUCUUGCAGCUUGUGGAAUGUGUACGAGGAGCUGGUUGAUGCCCUUGGACACUCGGUGAUGCCUCGACAGGAGUGGAAACCCGGUCCUAUAGGCACAAUGGCUCAGACUAGACUAACCACGCGUUACGGGAGACCGUUUGUACUUCUUGAAUUUGUUCAAAAGUUCGAGAUAGAUGGCACUGAGAUUUUUCAGCCCGAAGACAAUGUCAAGACGUCUAUUCAACCCGGUAUCGAUAUCCAACCUUUGCCCAGCCUAGGUCCUGAGGUAUCAGGACCUCAAGAAAACCAAGCGUUAUCAGCCGUCCCUGCUCAAGAAGCGCAUGCCGAGCGAGCAAGUAGUGACAUGUCCAGACUGCUUGGAUCAAUCCGACGUUACGAGUUGAAUGAUAUGCAGGUUAACGACAGCGAUGCGCCUCACUACACGGACGUUCAGGAAAUUUUGGCGAGCUGUUCUAUCGUCGACUCAUUCGAAACGAGCGUCUCCGUUGAGCAGCCCUUUUUCAAAGUCAGGACUGGAAGUCGCUAUUGGCCGCUACAAGAGAUAAACCGGGUUGUACGCGCAGCGGCAAAGACAGUGUUGCCUGAGCUCGUUGGCUGGCUUGGUGUUAUUGACGCCGCGGGAUUUCUUGAGGGAAUUAAUCGUGCAAGCGAGGAUGGAUUGCGCCAGAUUGUGCACGAAUCCCAAAAACACCUGCCCUGGUUCAGCGAGCUGCACCUGGCCUUCAUGGUCGGGAGUCUUAAGCUCUUUGACCGCUACAUAUCUGAGGAUAUGCACGGAAGUCAACUACAAAAUAUGAAAGGGGACGGUGGACUGAGCUUCUACCACUUUGCAGCCAUGCGCUGGAGACCUGUGCAGGUCGGGCUACUGCGCCACGCCAUGACAACGGCUGAAUCUGGAUUAUCCGGAUCGAAUGUCAUCCUCGCAAAUUUUUCUAUUUUGCACUCAAACCGAAACCGAACACCAAUCAGCCAGAUCGUCGUCGAGAGAAUUGCCGGUCUCCAGCUCAGCCCAACACAGGAGACGCCGCUACACUUUGCGGCAGCGUAUGGAGCGCAGGACAACAAGACCAACAUCAUCAGGCUCCUCCUUGGUGACCUUUACCAGAAUGGUUUGCUGAUCGCGCCCGACAAGUUAAAGCAGCUGUUGCAGGCACAUAACUACCAGGGAGAGACCCCUCUACAUCGCGCCUGCGCCAUGGGUAACAUUGCGAUGGCCAAGACCAUACUCGAUCUGGACCCGGGAUCUGCAGCCAAGCCAGACAAACGCGGCCUCUCCGUGUUGUGGCAUGCAGCAUGUGGAGGAAAUGCUAGCAUGAUCCGCUUGCUUCUCUGUAAUGGGGCGGCCAUCGAGACAGCGUGCAAGGACGGACGAACACCGAUGCAUGUGGUGUGUAGAGAGGGACACUCUAAUGCCGUUGAGGUUUUGCUGCAAUUUGGGGCCAAGGCUGAUGCUAAAGCGCUAGGCUUCGGCCUCACCCCUGCACACCUAGCAGCCAUGUUCGGACACCACAAGUGCCUUAAGUGCAUCAUACGGCAUGCUAAUGAUGCCGUAGACAAGAGCCUGGAAGGUAGAAAGAUGAACUGCACGCCGUUGCACCUCGCCGUGGCCAACGGGCAUACCAAGUGCGUUAAGGUGCUGCUCGAGGCUGGCGUCGACAUCUCGCGACCUUGCGAGUGCUACUUCCUUUGCCUGAGUGCAGCACACUCUACUAAGAAGCCGGAAUCGUUUGACGUGGUCGCUACCAACGAGAUGCCCGAAUAUAUUGCCACUGAGAGGGGAUUCGACCAGAUAGCGGAAAUGAUUGCGCUACGCAGGGGGGAGUCGGCCCAGAGCCAUCUGAUUCCCGAGGAUAUGAGCUUCGAGCAUGGCGAGAACCCUGUCGUAAGGUCUAUAUGA